CAUAUCUUUUGUUGUCUAUAUUUAACAUCUGAUGUGUAGAACCUUAUGAGAGUUCCUGAGAAAGCAGAAAAGACUUAAAACUCUCUGCCUGCGUAAGAUUGGAAUCAAGAGCACGAAAGAAAUAUUUGAAAUCCUUGAUUCCAUCAGCAACUGCUACAGACUGGAGAAGGUGGAAAUCAUAACUGAGCUUUUCGAUGAUAUGGACAAAGCAGACUUUGAGAAGGAAGACUCUGACCUCUGUGACAAAAUCAAGAAGAACGUGGCAUUAAAGGAGCUUAUCCUUCUGAAGAAGGAAUCUGAGGUAAAGCGGUUCCCAAGGCUAGCAAAGGAACUAGCUAAAAAUGGAGGGAUUAGAGGAACUCUCAAUACAGUGCUCACGUCAGAAGACUGAGGCCCACAGCCUGUGGAUGCUCAUGACUUGAAAGUGGCCCUCAAGUUCCCAGUCAAGCUGAAGUUUGGGUGUAACGUCAAGAACACACAUCUUGACGAGAUGGAAACUAUGUUAAAACAGAAGGAUAAUUUAGUACAGGAGUUAGAUUUUAUUGGCACUAGUGACAAUGAUAUCAUCAAGGUGAUAAGAUUACUUGACCAGCCAGGAUUUUAUUAUAAAGCUUUGCAACUUAUUGAUUUUGGAAAGAGAAGUAUUAGCAUACCAAAUUUCAUUAAAAUAUCGAAGUGGGUCUGAAAGACAUUCUCUUCGAAAUUACAGAAUGAAGAUUAUUCAAAUGAAAUUUUAAAACAUCUCUUUUGAUGCAGGAAAAAGAAAGAGAUAGUUCCAAAAACUAUGGGCCAUUUGAGAGUUAUGAGGAAUACUCCGAAAUAUCAGUUCAAAAUAGAUAUCCAAAGAAAGCUCCAUCAAGAUGACUACAAAAUGAUGUUCCUCAUGAAUGAACUCUGAGGCAAUUUUAUUGAUCUUCAGAUAACAGAGUCUAGCUGUCCAAUAACACUUCCAAACAAGCCAUCAAACACGGGGUGAUGCAAAUACUUAAAGGCAGUGUCCACUGCUCGCAAAGAGAUCACUUCGUUCAAGUAUCUAAAAACCCCUGAGGAGGAUAUUAAUUUUAGCCUUCUGCUGAAGUCUGUGUACUUUUUGUUCAUUCUGAAUCUUUCUUUGUCUGUUACUCUCCCAUUUUUCUUGAAGCAUGAUGACAUGGGAAAAGGCCUAAAAUGGGAAUGCCAUGUGAUCUUUGGUGUCUACAUCAUCAUCUCCAUAUUUGUUGAAAUUUGCUUAUUCUGUUGGGCAUAUUCCAAAAAAAUAAAAAACUUAUUCUAUGAAGGAAGAUGUUCUGGCACAACAUGGCUAGUGUUCUUUCAAUUCUGUGUCACAGGCGCUGUUGGGAAGAUUGAUAUAUACACAGACGUAGCCACUAUCGUUGAGAUAUACAAGCAUGCUGUUGCUGAGUCUGAUGAUUGUCUCAAGCCUGUUGAAGUAGGAAAUUCAGUUCUAAAAUGGGUUGCUUUGUAUGCAGCCAUUUUUAUCUUCUGUCUGACUCUGGCUUAUCAAAUAUUCUGUCUCGUUAGGCCUUUAUUCUGUAAAAUCCCGAAGAAAACAUUCAACCCUUUGAUAUCAAAUACUGUAAACUUGCUAGUAUGCAGCGACCACAAGCUCCUUGGUAUGACAUUGGACUCAUUUGGAAUUUCAUUUUAUGAGAGAAUUGGUUGUGGAGAAAUCAAUGCAAAGAAGCUCCAGAGCAUAUUCAAAUUGAUAUUCGAAGAUCUCAUCCAACAAUUCAUUAAUGUCUGAUUUCUGGUGUUCAUUUACAAGCAAGGACUGGUUAGCAAAGAUAACACAAAUGAUCAGCUAAAUAUGCUUUAUUAUGUGCUCAUUCUGUCUCUCACAUUCGGAUGUUUUUCCAUUGCAUGAACUAUGUUUUACAUCUGAUUCUCUCCUGCAAGCACACUGAGAUGGGCUGACCUUCAUAAGCUGGUGACAAGCAUCAAUGGAAACUCUCAAGAUUCUGAAGAGAAUAGAACAUCUCACCAAUCUUUUGGCAGAGAUAACAAGGGUAAGCUUAAUUAUUUCAGAUAG